UUGAGCUCCGAAACGCGGCGAAGAAAACACAAGAAGAGCCGCGAUUGUAGCGGCAGCAGAGCGGAGGGCUGGCUUCACUCUCCAUGGUUCUCAUGUGCUUGAUAAGUCCCGCCUCCCGCGCGAAGCUCCGACAUGCUCAGUACGAAGCUCACGCGCAGACAUGGCAGAAGAAGCUCCCGCAGCUGCACCGGCGAAAGCCCCGGCCAAGGCUCCCAAGAAGAAGUCCGCUCCCCGGGCUAAGAAGGACGGACCCAGCCUCCCUAAGCUCAUCGUCGCCUCGGUGACAGAGUCGAAGGAGCGCAAGGGGACGUCGCUGGCGGCCAUAAAGAAAUACCUGACCGCCAAAAAUGUGGACGUACCCAAGGCCAACAAACGUAUCAACACCGCCGUCGCCAAGCUGGUGGAGAAAGGCAUUCUCAGUCAGGUGAAGGGCACCGGGGCUUCCGGCUCCUUCAAGCUUGCUAAGAAAGAACCGAAAGUCGCGAAACCAGCGAAGAAGAAGGCUGCCAAGCCCGCGAAAAAGGCUCCCGCCAAAGCCAAGAAGCCCGCGGUGAAGAAAGUGGCCACCCCGAAGAAAUCUCCGGCCAAGAAGGCUGCGAAGAAAGUGGUGAAGAAGAGCCCCAAGAAGGCUGCUCCCAAGAAGCCCAAGGCGGCAGCUAAGAAGCCCAAGUCCCCCGCUAAGAAGGCCGCUCCGAAAAAGCCCAAAGCCGCCAAGAAGCCCGCAAAGAAAACUGCGCCAAAGAAGGCCAAGAAGUAAAAGCUGCUCCCGCACAGAGUGCAUCAAAGGCUCUUUUCAGAGCCACCACUGCCUCCGCUACGAGCUCCUCGUUCUGUCUGUCUGUCUGUGCCGGGGACACACAGGCUGCACACUCAGCUUUACGCUUCAUGCUCACCUGUGCCUCCACAUGCAGAGUAAAUUAUGGAGACUGAGCUGCUUCAGGUAGUAAAUACUGGUCUCCCAGUUAAGCUCACUGAAGGGGGAAAUGCAUGUUGAAUUGUCAGAACAUUAGAAACAUGAGUUUGAGUCUUAUGAAUACAAUCUGAUAAUUAGCUAGGCAGUGAUUCAAUGAAACUUUGAAACCUGAAUUAUUUCCCAGUCAGUGCUGCAAAUAUUUCCAGUUUAUUCUGGUGCUGAUGACAGGAGCUGAAGCUGUGGAUGACGGUUUUCUUGGUUUACUAGUUUAUUACCUGCUGUUGUUUACAGUUAAAUUUGAGUUAGCCCCCCAUCUCAAAGACCUCUGUAGACUUCACAUCUAUAAGCACUGUGCAGUAACCCACACUCUACAUUAUGUAACACUAAUGUAUUUUUAUUUUUCCCGGUUUGUUCGCACAUCGUAUCUUUUUGAAUAGUGUUCAUAUGUGUAAAGUGCUGCUGAAGCUGUGCACCCCGCAUGUGUGCAGUAGUAGGCGGCGCCGUCUCACUGUACAUCUGAAUAACAAUAAAGAAGUUCUGCUCUGUCUCGCGCUUCA